UUGGUGAUUGGUAAUUGUUUGAAGCAGUGCUGUGUCCGUGAAGUUAACCGUUUAGAUCCAUAAGUCAAGAUGUACAAACGCGUUAGCUCGAUGGCGAUUUUGUGCCUCCUUUUCGGUGUCCUUGCCACACUGUCUCCUUUCGCAUCUGCCUUUCAGUGCUACCAGUGUGCGAGCGACCAAAGCUGGAGCCACUGUCACUCGAACGCCGUGAAAGUAACCUGUCCCGGAAGCAGCCGGUUCUCGAUAAUGGGCGAGGAGAUCUUUCUGCCUGAACAACGACAGCUCGAGCCAGCCUGCGUGGGCGUGUUUGGGGAAGGUACGAUUGCCGGUGUCAAAGUUGAAGCUUAUGUGAGGGAUUGCUUCUACAACGACAAGACCCUGUGCUCGGCCCUUCAAGCAGCCAUGCCGACCGGAGUAACCAUCAGGGACUGUGAUCUGUGUACCAGCAAUCUCUGCAACAGUGCGAAUCGAUAUUCGAUCGCUGCCUCGAGUUUGCUGCUGCUGGCGUUGGUAACCUUUCUUUGGAAGUAAAGUGCUGUUGUACUAAGUAUAAAAGGUGUAAGCUCCAGAAAUCCCCCCGAAAAGUAGUGUUUAGAUUUUACCAUGUGCUCAGAAGAGGAGAACGAACGAACGAACGGAUCCAUAUUGUUUCCUACUUAGUUGGAAUAGUGUUAUCAGAAAUUCGAUAACGGUAAACACCAGCACCU